GGCUUGCGGGGUCGUUUUAAGUUGCUGCGGGGCCCGACGGGGUGGAAGUCCGCCGCGGAGGGUCCGACCUGCUCAACAUGUUCAAACUCGCCUCCUCGCUGAGUGGCCGCUGUGUUUUAACCGGAAAGCGCUGCUCUCGGUCCGGUUCGUUUAAACUCCACUCGGCGGGCGGUGCGUUAUGUCACAAAUCCCACCUGGCGCCCCGUCCCACAGACGUCCCGGAAAUGCCCCCCUGCGAUUUCAAACCGGAGGAAUACGCGGGGACGUCCAAAGAGCGGAUGGUGGAGAUCCGAGAGAUGAACUGCAACCCCAUGGUCACCAAGGUCACCUACUACAAGAGACCCGUGUUCAUCCACCAGGGCCACAUGCAGUGGCUGUGGGACGUGGACGGGAGGCGGUACCUGGACCUCUUUGCCGGCGUGGCUACGGUCAGCGUGGGCCACUGCCACCCGACAGUAACAGCAGCCGCGGAGAAGCAGCUGAGGAGACUGUGGCAUACCACGAACAUCUACGCCCAUCCACCUCUCCAUGAGUACUGCGAGAAGCUGGCUUCCUGCCUCCCGGAUCCUCUCAAGGUGAUAUAUCUGACCAACAGCGGCUCAGAAGCCAAUGACCUGGCCAUGCUGAUGGCUCGGCUUCACACGGGGAACUUUGACAUCAUCACCUUCAGAGGAUCUUACCACGGUGGCAGCCCACAGACCAUGGGUCUCACUUCCAACGCAGCGUAUAAAUACCCCAUCGCCAAUGGUUUGGGCUGCACAAAUACCAUGUGUCCAGAUGUGUUCAGAGGUCCGUGGGGAGGAAGCCACUGCAGGGAUUCUCCUGUGCAGACCAUCAGAGAAUGUGGCUGUGCUCAAGGUUAUUGCAUGGCAAACGACCAGUACAUCGGACAGCUCAAAGAGACAUUUGCCACUAGCGUCCCCAGUCGCAUUGCCGCUUUCUUUGCAGAGCCGAUUCAGGGAGUCGGAGGAGCUGUGCAGUACCCGAAAACCUACCUGAAGGAGGCUUACAAACUUGUAAGAGAGAGAGGAGGGCUCUGCAUCGCUGAUGAGGUCCAGACUGGAUUUGGGCGAACAGGAAGCCACUUCUGGGGCUUCCAAGGUCACGAUGUCAUUCCUGAUAUGGUUACGAUGGCCAAGGGCAUUGGUAAUGGUUUCCCAAUGGGAGCUGUUGUUACUACACCAGAAAUCGCAGCCUCAUUUGCCAAGGGUGUUCACUUCAACACCUUUGGAGGAAACCCCGUGGCUUGUGCUAUUGCUUCAUCGGUGCUCGAUACUAUCAAAGGCGACGGCGCGCAGCAGCUCAGCCUCAACGUGGGCACCUAUCUGAUGACAGAGCUGGCAAAACUCAGAGACAAGUACGAGAUCAUCGGGGACGUCCGUGGAAAAGGCCUGCUGAUCGGCGUGGAAAUGGUCCAAGACAAGGCCAGCAGACACCCGCUGGCUCCCGAGGCGAUGGGUGAGAUCUUCGAGGACGUGAAGGACAUGGGGGUCCUGAUUGGGAAAGGCGGAGUCUACGGCCAGACCUUCCGGAUCAAACCCCCAAUGUGCAUCACGAAGGAAGAUGCAGAUUUCUUCCUGGCCAUUUUUAACAAGUCCAUCCACAACUACAUGGAGAGAAGAUAAAAGUCAGAUGAAGGUCAGCCGGGUUGAUCAUUGCCGAGGAACAAGCCGACCUUCUGGGGAAUACUACACCUCGUUUAUUGCCUCUGCAUGUCAAUAUAGAAAGGGCACUUUUGCUGUAAUAAAAACAACUUGGUACA